AUGACUUCCCGACUGAGCAGAAAAAUGACUACCAAGAAGAGCAAAGCUGUUGUCAAGAGUCUACGACAUGACCGCGACGCAUGGCGAGACCGCGACACCUCCUUCGUGCCUACCAGUCACAUCCUACGCCACUUCCGGCUAACCAAGGCCAAGUUGGAUGAGCUGGUGUUUCCCGCUAACGACAGACAGCGAAUGGUGUACUCCGACAAUCACAACUGGAUACGAGCCACCUACGGCCACAGCGUCAACAUCCGGGUGUCAGAGAUUGGGAGACAGAUCCGCAACCAGGAGGGUCUCACGUACUUCGUCCACGGGAUCAAGGCCAGAGACACAGACUCCGUCCUUAAGUAUGGACUGGACCACACUCGCUGCCCGUACAUCGAAUUCACCGACUCCCCCGAUUACGUCAGAGCUGGUGCGGAAUUGGUGGUGCACAUUGACGUCAGAGGAUUCCUCCAGGCUGGGUUCCGCCUGUACAAGAUCGGCCCCCACGUCUACGCCACAGAUUGCAGAGUGCCACCGGAGUUCAUCAAGGAUGUAGAGUACCUUGUGCUCUGA